UGUCACUCUGCAGUGUCACACAUGCGCAGGGCUCCGAGCAGCUCAGAGCCCAGGGAAGGCAGCACAGGAGCUCUGCUUUGCCCUGUUACUGAGCAACAAACCCAACCUGGCCUGGCAAGAGAGAAUUCAGCCAAAAGGUGAUUCACCUGCACACAGGAGCAGCUCCUGCCCUCGCAGCCCAGCCUGCAGAGCCAUUCAUGAAGGGAUUUCUGAUCGUCCUGGCUGCAGUUUCAGUGGUCGGUAUUGUGACUACAGAGAGAUCAUCAUGUCUGAAACGUGCAGCAUUUUCUUCCACAAACUUUGAGAACAUCCUGACGUGGGAAACAGAGGCAGAUAUUCCCCCUGGCACUGUGUUUGAUGUCCAGUACAAACAGUAUGGAGAGAAAUCCUGGCUCACCAAACACGAGUGCCAGAGCAUCACCCAGCUCUUCUGCAACCUCAGCAAGGAGACAGAGAACUUCACGGAGCACUUCUACGGGCGGGUGCGGGCGCGGGGCUGCUCCCCCGGCUGGGUGCGCUCCGAGCGCUUCGAGCCCCGCAAGGAGACCGUCAUAGGGCCCCCCCAGGUGGAACACGUCCCCCACGUCCGCUCCAUCAGGUUCCUGCUCCGGCCGCCCCUGACGCCCCUGCGGGGCGAGGACGAGCAGCAGCUCAGCGUGGAGGACAUUUACAGCAAAUUCGGGGCUGUGGAUUAUCACCUGACAAUGUUCAACCAGAGGACGCGGCAGCAGUGGACAAAGAAUGAGCACAACAAAGAAUUUGAAGUUUCCAACUUGGACCCAGACACUGAAUACAACGGGACAGUUUAUAUCUGUCUGCUCCAGAGAAGGAGCAAACCUCAGGUGUUUUGGGUCAAAACACUGGCAGACAAGACGUGGAUUCUCUACUGUCUGGUGGCCCUGGCCUUCUGUGCCGGGCUGCUUUUUGCUGCCACUGCUUUUGUGAUCUACAAAUACAUCAAACAGCGCAGUGCCCAGCCCAGGGCCCUGGACUUCAGAGGGAUUCCAUCGUUCCAGCCUCUCACACUGACAGUGGAGCACAUCAUAAAGCCCCUCAGCUUUUCCAAACCUUCCCCGUUCAUCCCUGAAGUGCAGCUGGCCCAGAUGAGCCAACAUCUGGGCUGGGCCCUGGAGCCACGACAGCUCUCCUGUCCCUACCAGCAGCAGGUGGAUGUCCCAGCACCGCAGCUGCCCCCCGAGCCCUGCCAGGAGGAAAUGGCAGCUCCCAUCACUGCCUACACCCCUCAGAGAGCUGAGCAGAGCCCCGCUGCUGCCCCAGGCAGCCCCAGCCUGGCCCUGACCUACGGGCUGUGCGUGGAGGGCACGGACAGGAGCUCACCGCCCGCGCAGAGGCUGAAGGAAUCUUCUCCACAUCGUCCUGAGGAUGGAGAGCUCCGGACCCACGGGCUGGCAAAGAGCUGCGGCCACUGGGAUUACAAAGAGCAGCAGCCAGAGGUGGCCCUGUGGAAGAGCAGGGACAGACUGGAGUCAGUUGUGAUCCAGGGCAGCCCUGGGCAGAGCCGGCUGCUGCUGCAGAGCGAGGGGCUGCAGGAUCCAGAGCGUGUGUCCCGGCUGUCCCUGUCCCUGCUGGAAGCAGGAGGGUGCUACAGGCAGCAGGCAGCGCUGCCCCUGCUGCUGCCCGCAGGGAAAGCUGCCCCAGGCCAUGCUGCAGAGGAGGAGCUGCUGGCACCUCUGCUGCUCUCCGUCAGGACUGGCAGUGCCUUCCCUGCACAGAGGCACGGGGAGCAGUGGCUGCUGCCAGAGCCAUCCCCACACCCUGCAGGCACAGUGCAGCUCCCAGGGACUGCAGCCGGGGAAAUGCCCCCAGCAGCAGAGGGGCUGGGCUGCUCAGGGCUCCGCGUGUCCCCGGGCCAGGACACGGACACUCCUCUCACCAUGCUCUUCAGAGAUCUGGACUUGAAAGUGCAGUGGGAUGAGGAGAGCACAGAAUUUUAUUAGGAUGAAUUAAUGGUAUUUAAAUCCAGAUGUUGUCUUGUAUAAAACAGAAGCAAUGCAAAGCCACAGCUGAUCCUGGCUGUGUUAACAGAGCUCAGGGCUGUCACCCUGUUCCAUCGUGGAGUUUGUGCCUUUACUGAGAGAAUUGCUCCUUGUUACACUGCCAUACUGUACCUUUGCACUUAAACAACAGGUCUUUAUUUCUCACAUAUUCUCCAAUUUAUUAUGAAUGGGGUUACUUUAAAAGAUCAGUGAAAAUUCAGUUUCCAGUCCCAGAUUCAGUUUACUGAAAAUUCAGCAAAAUUCACAAACUGUAUGUGCUCUUUACCAACACCUAAGAUAGAGGGCUGAGAUGAAACUCCCUUUGAAGAAAUUCAGGUAUGCAAACCUAGAAGUAUUUAAUGUACCAUGGUACAGUAAAAGAAGUAAACAGUUACUGGUGUUCUGCCCUUGGAUAGAUGACUUGGAAAAGAAUAUUGCACUUUCCUGGAAUGGACUUUGCCUUUAAAGGAGUCAUUGAAACUGGUAACAGCUCCUGAUGCAGCAGUUCUGUGAAAUGUGUCCCUGUCCCCUGUGCUUUUUAAUACCUGUACAAAGAUUAAGCCUUUUUUAAUACCUGUACAAAGAUAAAGCCUUUUUCAUCUCAGCAACA